GUGAUUGCAAUGCCCGCACGCUCUUCAUUGAACCCAAAACAGUUCGCCUUCUCUCUCGGCGGCACCAAGACCUCUCCCGCCCGCCGCAUGCGUCGCCGUCGCAAUCGUAAUUAUUAAUUAAUCGAAAUUAGAAAUAUACGACAAAGCUAUAUCAACAUCAUCAUAAAAUCCGCUCCUCGCUCCUCGACGCGCAUGAAGUUUACAUUUUCUUUGUGUCUCAACGUAACGUGAAUUAUUUCGUGUGUGUUUCAUCGCGCAGCAUCCGCUGCUCCCGGUUUGUUUAUCCCGGCCGGUCGCACAGGCAAUAAACAAGCGCGGGGCGGACGUUAUCUAUGGAGUGCUUCUAAGUCGGUAGUGAUGAUAGUGGCGAUGCUGUGAUGAAUGUAAUUCGUGCGGCGUACCACAGACGAUAUGGAAACGCGACUCAAGUGGACAAUAGCGCUCUUCAAUUAUUGCAUAUUAUUAGCGGCUUUCGUCGAUUCGGACACUUUGAAGGACGUCGCACAAGGCGGAUGCAGUUUGAAUCACUUCCAAUGUAAUAACGGUCAAUGUAUUCCUCUCUAUUGGAAAUGUGAUACAGCUCCAGAUUGUUCCGAUGGCAGCGACGAACCGGAAUCCUGCCAAGAGGAGCGCGAUUGCCACCCCGGUCAGUUCCAGUGCCAAUACACCCACAAAUGUCUCCCAACUGGUUUCGUCUGCGAUGGAGAAUUCGACUGUGGAACCUCACUUGAAUACGGCCCGGAUAAAUCCGAUGAAGAUGUAGAUUCAUGCAGAUUGAAAGUAGCUGAAUGUCCAAUUAAUGAAGGACGAUGUGCAGAGUCCACAGACUGUAGACAUCUAUCUAAAUUCUGUGACGGCCAUAAUGAUUGUCCGAACAACAGUGAUGAGUGGAACUACUGCAGUACAAACAAAACAUGCGACACUACACAGUGUAACUUUGGUUGUGCCAUCACGCCGGAUGGUCCCAAGUGUUACUGCCCGAAAGGGAGGAAACCCGAGGGGAAUAAGUGUGUGGAUGCUGAUGAAUGUCUUGAUGAUGACACCUGUGCGCAGACUUGUGUGAAUACAGACGGGGGAUUUGAUUGUACCUGUGUUUCUGGUUACAUAAAGAAUAAUACUGCUUGUAAUGCUAUAAAUGUACCGGAAGAUGAAGCGCCAUCUUUAAUCAUCUCCACAUUACCGUCCAUACGAAGGGUUUCCAUGCAGGGACGUCCAUUACCAGGCAAUUCAGUCCUAGAAUUAUUGAAUAACAACGCACUUGAGUUUAACCAUCGCAAUAGAUCAAUUUGUUAUGUUCAUCAUAACAUGAGUAAAGCACACUUGGUCUGUGCCAAUGUGGAUGACUUCAAUGUCCGCUGGAAGAUGCCAAGUCCUUCGAUAUUCCCCGAAGUGGAUCUCAUACAACAAUUAGCUCUUGAUUGGGUUACCAAUAAUUGGUACUACUUGGACGACACUAGAGACAUGAUAUUCAUUUGUUCCAAUGAUAAUUCUAAGUGUAAUGUGUUGAUUGAGUAUGAUUUAAAGAAACCUAGGUCUAUUGCAUUGGAUCCUACACGUGGGUAUAUGUUUUUCGCAAAGUGGGGUAAUAGUCCCGCCAUGUUGGAACGUGCCAAGAUGGAUGGAAGUGAACGAAAACCAUUGAUUUACCAUAAGAUUAUUUAUCCGUAUGGUGUGACUGUAGAUUAUCCUACUGGGCAUGUAUAUUGGGUUGAUACUUAUUUGGACUACGUUGAGAAAGUUGAUUACACUGGGAAGAAUCGUAGGACUAUCAUGAAAGGCACUCCGGUACAGAAUCUGUACGGGAUUAACAUCUUCGAGAAUGUUUUGUAUGUUUCAUCAUGGCAUAAAGCAUCCAUUUUGAAAUUGGAUAAGGUUAGACAGAGUGUUACCACUGUUGUGCAGAAUAUCAACAGACCUUACAAUUUGCAUAUAUUCCAUCGACAACGACAACCGGAAGUUGCGCAUUCAUGUAAAACCAACAAUGGCGACUGUCAGCAUCUGUGUAUACCAAACUGGAAUCGCGACAUAGCUACCCGUACCUGUCUCUGUGCGGCUGGUUACAAAUUGAUCAACAACACCAAAUGUAUCGUGCAAACACCUCCGUCCUUUUUGAUGGUAGCCAAAUCCUUACCUGCCACAAUCAAAGGAAUCAACCUUAAUGAUUAUACUGAAGCUAUGGUGCCAAUUAUUGAGUUGAAACAACCAACAGCGUUUGAUUUUGAUGCCAGUUCACGCUCUAUCAUCUACUCCGAUCUGCAAAACGCAGUGAUUGAGAAAGCUACCAUUGAAGGAGGUGAGAAGACCACGCUUUCCGAUGAUGGUAUUGACAAGUGUGAUGGUAUCGCCUACGAUUGGCUCUCGAAGAAUCUCUAUUGGACUGAUGAAGGUCACAAUAGCAUCAGUGUGAUGCGAAUGUCAAACACCUCUAUUAGGAGGACGUUGAUUUUUGAUCGGAAGAUUCGCCCACGUGCGAUUGUUUUAGAUCCCAAGAGAGGUAUUAUGUAUUGGAUCAAUUUGUACGCGUUGGGGAUUCACAACAGUAUAGAAAUGGCGUGGAUGGAUGGCACUCAUAGAAGACUCAUUGUUAAGGAGGAAAUCAUGGAACCUACUAGCUUGGCUCUUGAUUUUGAAAGUAAAAGAUUGUAUUGGUGUGACGCAACGAAACAGCAAAUAUCCAGCGUGGAUUUCAAUGGAGAAAAUCGAAGAAUUGAUGUGGACACAGGACUGGAACAUCCUACGAAUAUUGUUUAUUUUAAUCGGACAUUUUACUACACAGAAUUUGGAUUUGUAAAGAUGUAUGAUAUGAAAAAUAAGACAGGAAGGAUCUUAGACCAUACAAACGCUCCUAUUUAUAACCUUAAAAUGUUUGAUACCAAAGCACAGAAAGGUACAAAUGGCUGCCAUGAUGAUAACAACAAUUGCACUGAGCUAUGCCUUCCGACACCUGGGAAAGUCGUAUGCUCUUGUUCAGAUGGUUUUGAAACCGUUGACAAGGAAUGUAGGCAAAUACAGAAUUAUUCCACACCGAUGCCAUGCGACGACGGAUUCUUCCAAUGCAACCGCACGAAGCGUUGUGUAUCCAAUCAGUAUUUAUGUGAUGGGUCUGACGAUUGCUCAGACGGAUCUGAUGAAAACACAGAACCCAAUGGUCCAUGCGCACAUAUAGAAUGCAAAGACUCAGAAUUUCGAUGUGACAAAACCGUAUGCAUCUAUAGACACUGGUUGUGCGACGGGGAAAAAGACUGCGUUGAUGGAACGGAUGAAAAUCCGGAAAAUUGUCCCACAAAAUGCGACUCCAAAGAUUUCCUGUGUAAAAAAGCGAAUAGAUGUAUCCCGCAUUUUUGGGUGUGUGAUGGUGCACCCGAUUGUGGCAUUAAUGAUUUGAGUGAUGAGAUGAACUGCAACAAGUCAAAAUGUGCCCUAACAGAAUUCUCCUGUAAAAAUGGAGAAUGUUUACCAAUCGACUUGUAUUGCAAUGGUGUUCCGGAUUGUACAGAUCAAACCGAUGAGUUGAAUUGUUCCACUUGUAAUAAAGCUACAGAAUUUACUUGUAUUGAAGAUAAAAGUUGUAUUCCUCUGACGAAACUGUGCGAUGGUGUACCUGAUUGUUCCGAGGGCACAGAUGAACAACAUUGUAAUGAGAACACGAAACCCAUAUGCAAUGAAAAACAUCAGUUUGCAUGUCACGCUCUGGAGUGCAUACCGAAACAAUUCUAUUGUGAUGGAAAGAUUGAUUGUACAGAUGGAGCUGAUGAAGUAAACUGCGAUUCGAAUAAAAUCAAGAAUGCAACUAAACAUCACGAUAAACCAAAGCCAGUGAUCGACAAAUUGAGUUGUGACCAUCCCAACAGAUUAUGUGACAAUAACACUGUGUGUGUUACAGCUAGGCAGCUAUGUGAUGGAAGAAAUGAUUGUGAAGAUGCCACAGAUGAAGGUUCAAGGUGCUGGGAGAAGUUGUGUGAUCACAGUUUGUUAUGUUCACAUAUCUGUAACAAUGCUCCAGAAGGUGUGGUGUGUUCAUGUCCGAAUAAAUUACACCUACAAUCUGAUGGUAUGAAUUGUAUGGAAACCCACGCAUGUGAAAAUUGGGGUGUUUGCUCCCAAAACUGCGAAGCGUAUGGAAAACGACAUAAAUGCACCUGUCUACCUGGUUUCGCCCUUGAAGGAGACGGGUUUACUUGUAAAAGCACCGAGAAAGCAACACCUUAUGUCAUAUUCAGCAAUAGACAUGAAAUUAAAGGCGUUGAUCUACAAUCUUUCAAUGUAAAGGCAUUGAUUUCCAGUCUGAAGAAUACAGUAGCACUAGAUUUCUUCCAUUCGAAUGAUACAGACAUGGUAUUCUGGACGGAUGUCAUCGACGAUAAGAUUUACCGAGGCAGUUUGAUUGAGAACACCCUUAGUAAUAUUGAACCAGUGAUCCAGACAGGAUUAGCUACAGCGGAAGGUUUAGCGGUUGAUUGGAUCGGCGAGAAUCUUUACUGGGUUGAAUCCAAUCUGGAUCAGAUUGAGGUAGCUAAAUUAAAUGGCAGCUAUAGAAGAACAUUGGUAGCUAGUGAAAUGGAGAGUCCUAGAGCUGUUGCACUGGACCCACGUGACGGUUGGUUGUUUUGGACUGAUUGGGAUAACGCAGCACCUCGUAUUGAACGUUGCUCCUUGGCCGGAUUGAAUAGAUCCAUUGUGGUUAGGGUUGAUCUCAAUUCAGAUGGCGCAUGGCCCAAUGGUCUCACCUUGGAUUAUGACUCCAGGAGGAUUUAUUGGGUUGAUGCUAGGUCUGAUUCCAUUCAUACCACAAAAUACGACGGAACUGAUCAUCAUGAAGUUAUGAGGAACCAUGACAUGUUAUCACAUCCAUUUGCCAUAACCUUGUUUGGGAACUAUGUAUACUGGACUGAUUGGAGAACGAAUAGCAUCGUGCGUGCGAACAAGUGGAACGGCGGAGAUGUUUCUGUUAUUCAAAGAACUUUAACACAACCGUUUGAUAUACAAAUUCUACAUCCCAGUAGACAACCACGAAAUGGUAUAAAUCCUUGCGGGAAGAAUAAUGGCGGCUGUUCGCAUUUAUGUUUACUGCAUUUGAAUUCAACGUAUCGUUGUGAUUGUCCACAUGUGAUGAGGUUGAACGCCGAUGGAAAAACAUGUGUUGUCAAUGAAAGAGUGCUAUUAAUAGCAAGGGCGAAUGAAAUCCGUGGUGUAGAUCUUCUACAACCCUAUUACCACACGAUUCCAACUAUCAGUAUGCCACAGGUGUUGUACCCAAGUCAAAUUGAAUAUCUUGCAUCGAACAACACAUUGUAUUGGGCUGAUUCUACUGCGAAUGAAGUGAAACGUUCCGGUCUCACAAUGGGACCAAUUCAAACGUUGAUAGACACAGGUCUAACUAACCCUACAGGUCUUGCUCUUGAUUGGUUGGCGAAUUUAUUAUUUGUCGGCUCACCAUCUGGUAUAACCGUUUGUAAUCUUGACGGUGAAUAUAGCGCAGUCCUGAUUGAAAAUAUCCACGUUAUAAGUCUAGCUGCAAACCCAUUGGAGGGUCAAUUAUAUUAUAUUACCCUCAGGGAUAAUCAGAGCUUUAUUGAGUCAAGCGCAAUGGACAGUAGCAAUCAUAAGGUUUUAGUAUCAAAUCUAACAUCAAACACCAAAAGUUUAAGCUAUGAUAAGGAGACGAAUCGUUUGUACUACGUGAGUGAUUAUGAUAUUUACUAUUACGGUAUUACCACGAAAGAGGUACAGAAGUUACCAAUGAAUAAAGGUGUGGUCCUGGCUGCGACUGUCUACAAAGAUUUCGUGUAUUACGCGGAUGAUGACGCGCAAAGCAUCCGUUCUGUACAUAAAACCACAGGGGGAUCAGAAACAUUCCUCAGGGCAAGUAGUUCGGUGUUGGCACUGAGGAUCUAUGACCCUAAUGAACAACGCGGGGCACAUCCAUGUGGCAUGCACAAAUUGGGAUGUCAACACCUAUGUUUACCCAAAUCUGCUGGUGAAUACACUUGUAAAUGUGCUGAUGGGUUCUUCAUAGACCCAAAAGACCCACGUGGAUGCUUAGGUAUUGAAGAGUUUCUGUUCUACUCCAUUAACUGGGAGAUUCGUGGGAUGCUUCUUAAUGGCAGUAAUGAAACACAAGUUCUCGGACCUAUUUCCCGAGUCUCCAUGGCGAGCACGAUUGACUACUUGGCUAGUGAUAAUUUGAUCUUUUGGGCUGAUAGUGAUCAUGGUUUGAUCACGAAAAUCGGUAGGGAUGGUACCGCGAGGAAAACAGUGAUUGAACAGAAUGAUGGAAUGGAGUCUGUGAAUGUCGAUUGUUUGGCGGGUUUGGCCAUUGAUUGGUCAGCACAGAAUAUGUAUUGGAGUGAUCCCAGACAAGGGAACAUCCUCGUGUCCAGAGUCAAUGGAUCAGCGAAAUAUGUGGUGUUGUCAGUAGACGUGGGAACACCAACAGUUCUUGCUUUGGAUGCUCAUUAUGGUAUCUUGGUUUGGGCUGGAGAUCAAAAAUUAGAACGAGCUGGUCUGGACGGUAGCAAUCGGCAGUUGUUGGUUAACAAUACACUAGCCACCAUUACGGAUGUCACCUUAGAUAUGGAUAAUCAGUAUAUUUACUGGUGUGAUUCCAGUAGUAACACUAUUGAACGGAUGAGGUACAACGGCACUGAUCAUUCGGUGUUGUUGAAUCAUUCUUUGCAGAACCCGGUUGCGUUGACUUUAUUAGAUGAUAUGUUAUACUGGGUAGACACAAACCAUGAACGUGGGAGUAUAAAAUCAGCAAAUGUCAACAAUUUAUCAGACUUCCAAAUACUCCUGAGCAAAGCAGGUGAUUCUCUAAAGGAUAUUCAGGUCUUUUCAAAGAGGAAACAAAAAGUGAAGAAUGUUUGCGCUGUCAAUAAUGGCGGGUGUGAGCAGUUGUGUUUGUUCAAUGGAACACAUCCUGUUUGUGCUUGUCCGCAUGGUACAUUAGCAUCAGAUGGAAAAACAUGCAAAGAAUAUGAUAGUUUUGUGAUGUAUUCCCGAGUGGUGAGCAUCGAAUCAAUCCACAUGACGAACGCGGCCAUUCAAAACUCGCCAUACCCAAGCAUUAAAAACACUUCUUUAAUGCGGAACGCCAUUGGUAUGACUUUCAACUACAAGCAGAAGAGAUUGUUCUACUCUGACAUCCAAAGGGGUUCAAUCAAUACAGUGUUCUUUAACGGAAGUGGUCAUGCUGUACUCGUAGAAAGACAAGGAGCUGUUGAAGGUGUAGUUUACGAACAACUAUACAACGCAUUAUACUGGACCUGUAAUAAUGACCCAGCUAUACGAAGAGCGAACUUAACAGACAAUGGAACCAACCGUACCCAAGUAGAAACAGUCCUAAAACUUCAACCUGAUGAUAAACCGAGAGGUAUUGCAGUUGAUAGUUGUGGAGCGCGUAUAUAUUGGACCAACUGGAACCUACACCAGCCCAGUAUUGAACGUGCUUAUCUCACUGGUUUCCAACGCGAAGUGAUUAUAAGUACAGGAAUUAAAAUGCCAAAUGCAAUUACCCUAGACCACAAGGCACAGAAACUUUACUGGAGUGAUGCCAGAAUAGACAAGAUCGAACGUUGUGAAUACGAUGGAACCGGGAGAGUUAUCCUUGCUAAGGUCACACCACAACACUCUUUUGCUCUAAGUGUCUAUGGUGAUUAUAUCUUUUGGACUGAUUGGGUACUGCACGCCGUUCUUAGAGCGGAUAAACUCACAGGUCAGAAUGUAGUGUGGUUGAGACGUGAUGUCGCGCGUCCAAUGGGUUUGAUCACUGUUGCUGAAGACACUUUUGAUUGUUUCUCUAAUCCUUGUAAAAUACUAAACGGGGGAUGUGAAGAUAUUUGCGGUUUGGCUGCAUCUGGAGAAGUGCAAUGUGCUUGUUCAGAUGGACGGACAUUAUCCGACGAUGGUAAAAGAUGUUUGAAGAAAGCAACCACUUGCAAUGGUGAUUCUUUCCGAUGUACCGAUGGCGGUUGCAUACCAUUUGUGCUGUCUUGUGAUGGUACCCCACACUGUAGUGAUGGAAGUGAUGAGGAACCAGGUUAUUGUGGACAUAGGACCUGUCCCCAUCUGUUCCAAUGUUUGAAUAGAAGGUGUAUCACUUUUAAUCUAACUUGUAAUGGUGUUAAUGACUGCGGGGAUGGGACAGAUGAAACAAAUUGCACGUGUCCCGAAGCGACAAGUUUCCGAUGCACGAAUGGUUUAUGCAUUAAUAAGAAAUACCGUUGUGAUGGUGAUCCUGAUUGUUCGGAUUCAAUAGAUGAGGUGGGAUGUCCCCCGGUGAAAUGUGAUAUGAAUUUCCUCAACUGUGCCAAUACAACAGCAUGUAUCCAACCUGUGUGGAUCUGUGACGGAGAGAAUGAUUGCUGGGAUAACUCAGAUGAACAAAAUUGCACGAAAGCAACAUGUAAAAAUGGAGAAUUCGGAUGUAGAAACGGAAAGUGCAUACCAAAAUCGAAAGUGUGUGAUGGUAUCGAUGAUUGUUUAGAUGGAAAACUCAGUUCUGAUGAAUUAGAGUGUAAAGGACGUCGUUGUGCACGAGAAGAAUUCAUGUGCCAAUCAAACUCAGCGUGUAUUCCAAUGCAUUACAGAUGUAACGGACAACGGGAUUGUACUGAUGGAUCAGAUGAAAGAGACUGCCAGCAAGAUUGCCGAUCAGAUCAAUUCAAAUGCAAGAAUAGUACUGAAUGUAUCCCCAACUCUUGGCAAUGUGAUGGUUCUCCAGAUUGCAAAGACGAUUCAGACGAGAGUUUGCAUUGUGCAUCGAUGACCUGCGCCCCAUGGCAAUACCGUUGCUCAACCGGCAGUUGUAUACCAUGGUCGUAUGUAUGUGAUGACGAAUAUGAUUGUGUUGAUAUGAUGGAUGAGAAUCCCGAACAUGGAUGCAACGCGAUGGCGUGCGAAGAAGAUCAGUUCCAGUGUGCGAAUCACAUGUGUAUAUCCAAGGUGUUCUUCUGUGAUGGCGACGCGGAUUGCUCCGAUAACAGUGAUGAACCAGCAGAUUGCCAGAAAUCACAAGAGUGCUUCCCUGGCGAGUUCAGAUGUCCAUCUGGGAAAUGUAUUAUCGACUUGUUUGUUUGUAAUGGAAGAGAUGAUUGCGGUGAUGGCGCUGAUGAAGUAAAAUGUAGAGAGGAUUCGGUUACUUGCAAUGGCCGCGGGUUGUUCAAGUGUACCAAUGGUGUCUGUAUCAAUGAUACAUUACUCUGUGAUGGGGAGAAUAAUUGUGGAGACUUUUCUGAUGAAAACAGAUGCAAUAUAAAUGAAUGUGAAUCACAAACCUCACCGUGCCAUCACAAGUGUAUCGACAAAGUGGUUGGUUACGAGUGCGCGUGCAAUACCGGCUUCAAAGUAGAUGUUAACGACACCAAGCAUUGUGUUGAUGUGAACGAAUGCGAGGACCGUCCCUGUAGUCAAGUGUGCAAUAAUACAAUAGGUUCGUAUAAGUGCGACUGUGUUAAAGACUUCAACCUCGCCGAGGAUCAACGAACUUGCCGCGGGAAUAGCUCGAUAAAUGCUAUGCUGAUGUUAGCAAACAGGUAUUACAUCCGUGAAGUGAAUCUCAAUGGCUUCUCUCAUUUACGAGUCCACAACUUAACUAACGCUGUCGCCUUGGAUUAUGACUAUGCAAAUCAAUGCAUUUAUUGGUCAGAGGUGACCACAGCAAGCAGUUCUAUCAAAAAACUAUGUAAUUCAACAGCAAACGCGAGUCAAGUGAUUCUACAUUCAGCAACCCUGCAGAAUCCUGAUGGCCUCACCAUGGACUGGGUUGGUAAGAACUUGUACUGGUGUGACAAAGGGUCUGACACAUUAGAAGUCUCAACUUUGGAUGGAAAGUUCAGGAAAGUUUUGAUUUCCGACGGUUUACAAGAACCUAGAGCUGUUGCGGUGGAUCCCAUUCGAAAAUAUCUCUACUGGACCGAUUGGGGAGCGAAUGUGCACAUUGGCAAAGCUGGUAUGGAUGGUUCCGAUCCACAUAUAAUUAUCGACGAUAAAAACCACAGUCUUGGAUGGCCCAAUGCGUUGACGAUUGCGUAUGACACGCAGGAACUCUUCUGGGCGGAUGCUCGGGAAGAUUACAUUGCUGUUUCCGACCUGUAUGGAAAACACAUCAAGAUUGUCGCCAGCAGAACACAAAAUUCCGAAUUACAUUUGCAUCAUGUGUUUUCAAUCGCCGUGUGGGAGAACUACGUCUACUGGUCAGAUUGGGAAACAAAAUCUGUUGAACGAUGUGAUAAAUAUCGAGGUGAUGAUUGUUCUACCUUACUAACAACUGUCCACAGACCAAUGGACCUGAGGAUAAUCCAUCCGUUGAGACAACCUGAAGUAGAAAAUCCAUGCGAGAAGACUAAUUGUACUGGCAUUUGUUUGUUAUCACCGAAUCCGCCGUAUUACACCUGCGCAUGUCCGGAAAGUUAUGUCCUAAGUCAUGAUAAUCACUCGUGCAUUUCCAACUGCACAACGGCACACUUCGAAUGCAAAUCAACAUACAAAUGCAUUCCAUUCUGGUGGAAGUGUGAUACCCAGGAUGAUUGCGGAGAUGGAAGCGAUGAACCACCAGAUUGUCCAGAAUUCAAAUGUUUCCCUGGGCAGUAUCAGUGUAAGAACGGACAUUGUAUACAUCCAUCUACCUUGUGCAAUGGAAUCAAUGAUUGUCAGGACAAUAGUGACGAAGUUAGCUGUGAUACGUAUUCCUGUACUUCUAACCAGUUCAAGUGUCAAGGCAAUGGUACAAUUGGUCCGCGAUGUAUAGGUAGCAAUCAAAGAUGUGACAAAAUAACAGACUGUCCACUUGGGGAGGAUGAAAAGGACUGCCCACCAGCAACAUGUCUACCUUUCCAAUUUAAGUGUGCGAAUGAUAAAUGUAUUCCUCUGGUUUGGGUAUGUGAUAAAGACAACGAUUGUGAAGAUGGUUCCGAUGAGUUUGCGAAUUGUACACUGAGAACAUGCCCAAGUGACCACUUCAGAUGUGGGUCAGGCAGGUGUAUUCCGAAAUCAUGGCAGUGUGAUGGAGAACCAGAUUGUAACGACGGUGAAGAUGAACCCGCAUCAUGUUAUUUACCAGAUUAUCAUACAUGUGCAGCGACUUACUUCAAAUGCACUUCCAAUAGAUGUAUCCCAGGGCGAUGGAGGUGUGACGAUACAAAUGAUUGUAAAGAUGGUUCGGAUGAAAUCGGCUGUGUUCCACGAAACUGUUCAGAAAGUGAAUUCAGAUGCGGAGAUGGCAAGUGUAUUCGAGGCAGUUACCAAUGCGAUGGUGAAUUCCACUGUGAAGAUAGAUCUGAUGAAUUGGAAUGUAACGCUAAGUGUAUGGACGGAGAGUUUCAAUGCCACAGCCCGAAGUAUUGCAUCUCGAUGAGCUGGAAGUGUGACGGGGACUUUGACUGUGCUGAUGGAUCCGAUGAAAUCAACUGCAGUAAAUGCCCGGAUAAUGGCUUCCAAUGUAAAGACGGAAUGUGUAUCCAUCCGGAAUGGAGGUGUGAUGGUCAGAGUGAUUGUGGUGAUGGUUCUGAUGAAGAGUUAAGUCUGUGUGUUACCCUUGCUUGUCCACCUGGUAGGUUAAGAUGCAGUAACCAUCGAUGUAUCCCAUUGGCGCAGGUAUGUGAUGGGCAUGAUCAAUGCGGAGACAAUAGCGAUGAAGAAGUGCAAAUGUGUAAGACCUAUCAUAUUUGCCCAGCGACACAGUUCCACUGCAAUAAUGGAAAGUGUAUUGAUAAGAAAUUGAUGUGCGAUGGAGAGAACGACUGUGAUGAUAAUUCUGAUGAGAUGGAUUGUAAUCAUUCUAUCUGCCAAUAUGGCAACUGCUCACAGAUGUGUUUCGAGAGUAAAGAUAAACACUUCCAUUGUAAAUGCUCAUCAGGAUUCCAUUUGUCUAUUGAAGGAGGAUGUGAAGCGCAAGGUGAUCCAGCCCAGUUGGUAAUCGCUGCUGAAGCAGAACUCCGAAUGAUAUCACCGUAUAAAUCAGGAAUCACCAAUCAAAACAACAAAGCUCUUUUAUCUUCAGACCCUGGCUACAAAGUCGACGCAUUAGAUAUUCUGUACACACCAGCAGGAAUAACUGUGUUCUGGACUGAUCAUCAAAACAAGAAGGUGAAGAGUAUGAAACUUCAACUAUCCAGAGGUAACUCCAGGAAAAUCCGUGAAGCUAACUCCCACGUGGUUCUGAAUAAUUUGAAGAAUCCCAGAGGGUUAGCAAUCGAUUGGAUUGGUAAACGAAUCUACGUCGCUGAUGGAACCAGAAUCAUUGCAUCCGCAUUAGACGGCAGCCAUUAUUACACCGUGCUCAGCGGUUACAUGAAUCAACUAAGAGAUAUUGCUGUGGCCCCUGUUGAAGGUUUGAUGUUCUGGGCAGAUUGGGGGCCAGCCCCACGGAUUGAAACAGCUUACAUGGAUGGAAACAAACGCCACGUGUUGAAAUUCACAGGCAUUCUAUGGCCUACAGGUUUGGCUGUUGAUCAUCCCGCAGCACGUUUAUAUUGGUCUGAUGCUAAGGCAUUAACCAUUGAAUCAGCGAAAUAUGACGGAUCUGAUCACCAUGUUGUGAAAAGAUUCACUUCAGGUGUGAAACCAUUCAAAUUAGAAGUAUUCGAAGAUUAUAUCUACUUCUCUACGUUAAACACACAUAACAUCAUGAAAAUGAACAAGUUUGGAUCUGGAAAUGCUUCGCAUUUAGCACAAGGCCUACCACGUAUUGCAGACGUGUUGAUAGUGCAAGCACAUCGCCAGGAACCGACUAAUAAUAGAUGUCACGACUUCUGCAACCCCACAGAAUUUUGUCUGUUGAGUGCCAAUCAAGCAACAUGCACUUGCCCGGAUGGUUACGCUAAAGAUAAUCUUACUUGUCGUCCAGAAACACCUACCACAGGAUGUAAUCUCAAUUGUAAUACAGGUGUCUGUAAGGUGUCAGGACUGGAACAACGGUGUGUCUGUCCCCCGCUUUAUUCAGGCUCGCAUUGUGAGCAUUACAUCUGCUCACAAUACUGUCACAACAAAGGAACUUGCUACAUAGAUCUACUCUCAACUACUGACCUACAAAACGAACCACCACUGAAAUGUAUUUGUCCACCCGAAUGGACCGGUGAUCGUUGUGAUGAACCCGUGAGUGUCUGCGACGGAUGGUGCCAAAAUGGCGGCACAUGUUUCAGCAGUGCCACGCAAGUUAAACAAUGUGACUGUAAACCAGGCUAUACUGGAAACAGAUGUCAACAUUGUAGUACUCUCAAAUGUUACAACGGAGGUGUCUGUACAAGAGACACCUCGAAUUCAGAAGUGUGCACAUGCCCACCAGGGUUCACAGGUGCUACGUGUCAAGUAUCUCAAUGCACGAAAGGUUAUUGCAAUGAUCAUGGCAAUUGCCAAGCCACCAAAUCAGGUCCGAAGUGUUUAUGUAACAAUGGUUAUACCGGAAGCAGAUGUGAGCAGAACAUCUGCGAUGGCCACUGUCAAAAUGGCGGCAUAUGUAAAGUGGGCACCAAGCAAGCACGAUGCGAAUGUCCACCGAAUUUCGCCGGCAGACGCUGUGAAGUGAAACUAUGCGUUCCACCUGAAUGUACAAACAGUAAUAACUCAUGCGGAUGUUUAAACAAUGGCGUGUGUGUAUAUGGUAAUUGCAGAUGUCCGGAUGUGUACGGUGGGCCCAAAUGUGAGGAAUACAUGGGUAACGCUAAUCCUUGUAUACAUUUCUGUCAAAACGACGGCGUUUGUGAGAUUGGCGGUUUACACAGGAACCCAAUUUGUCAUUGUUUACCAGAAUGGACUGGGGAGAGAUGCGAUAGUCCUGUAAAGUGUCGCUUCUUCUGUCAAAAUGGCGGCACGUGCCAUCUACGCAAUGGUAUACCAUAUUGUCUCUGUCCGUUCGAUUACGAAGGCAGUAAUUGCGAGAGUUAUAAGCAUGAAGACGUGGAAAUCUCACCGCAGGCAAGCGAGGACAACGAGAUCCUCCUGCCAGUACUUUCCGUCCUUGGAAUUAUCGUGCUGAUCGCGUGUAUGCUCGCCGUUGCGUUCUUUAUAUUCCGCAGGCGCACGGCGUUCUCACAUGAGCGACUACAAGAGAAUGAUUUUAAUAAUCCGAUGUACCAAGAAAGGGAUGCAGAACCUUUUACAUUAGAUACAGAUAAGUCGAAUAAUUUUGUAAAUCCCGUGUAUGAAACCGUCUACAAUGGUUCCAGCGGUGCGAAAGAGGAGAAAACCGGUCUACUGCAGCAAGAUGGCAGUGAGGAUGCACUUCCCUCAACGCAGGAAGAGACAUAAAGAGCCAUAAUCAUAAAUAUGUAAUUUAAAAUCACCACGAAACGAUCCGCCCGCAGCGCGGCGACGCAAUAAUUUUGAUUUGAACCGGGAGCCAUCCGUCCAUUGCUGAAUGAUGUUGAUGUCUUCCCUGUUCGCUGUGAAUUGUGCCAUUUUUUCGUUACGGAGACUCAAUUGCGCGCGACGUGUUUUUCUAAUUUGACGACGGCAGCUCGUUUUUUCUACUAUGUUGUGUUUUCUUUUGUAUUUGUACGUUGUUGUGAUCUUGAAUUUUUGGCUCAACUGCAACAAAUUGUGAUUUAAAUUGAACAAAGAACGUCCUACUAAUUACGUUUUACGACUAACCAAGUAAUCAAUUCGACUGAUGAGACUAUACAGAAUAGAUUUUAUAUUUUUGUCCGAUGUACGAUUUAAAAAUGCGACGUAACGUUUAAUUAUAUUCGUAUAAAUAAUAAUUUUAUGUAUAAAAACAAACUUGUGUACAAACGAUGCGAGAGAUUAGGUUUGUAAUGAGAAUGUGAAGCGAUUUGUGCCGAAAAAAAAACGAUACUCCAUGUAAAAA